UAAAUGGUUGCUACUCUGUGGAUCUAUGGAUCUUUCUCUUUUUAGUCAACGAACGCUCUCGCUCGUCGCAAAAUUGUGGUUUUGAGUGGAAUACAGUUUUUGAAUUGCCAUUUAUGUUUUUUCAAAUUUGUGUCUACACAUGUGCGUUGUAAAUGUUUUCAAGCACGAUCGCCACAAUGGACUGUAAUAUAUUAACCGUUAUGGUGGGAACGCGAGCAAGAUCGCAAGCGCUCACUGCCCUCCGACUGCGAUGACCAUAGGCGAUAGCGGGAACCAUGAUCGCCAAUUUACCGCUUCUCUUCGCCAACGGCAACCCCACGGCGCUGACGGACUUCACCGCCGAGGAGCUGGAGAAGUUCAUCACCUUCAUGGUGACUUGUUCCUGGGGUCACGACACCGCCAAAGACAUUCGCCAGCCCCCGUGGUGGCCCGACGACGUGCAGUUCUCGCACCCGUUCGUGCGGCCGGCGGCGGUGCCCCGGGACUGGGUGGCGCGGCUGAAGGUCCUGGUCAAGCGGUGCUACGACUUCCACAAGAGCCCCUUCCUCCUGGUGUUCUCCGCGCAGCUGGCGCGCUACCCCCGCAAGCGGCUCAGGUACGUCGACAACCGCGACCACACCACGUCUCUCUACUACAGGCCCAGCGGCAAACUCCUCGUCACGUUCAGAAACGAAAACAUUCACUAUGACCGAGCACCGAUCGCGAUCGUGGAGUCUUCGCCGGAGCCGCCCGAUAUCUAUUUGUGUGACAGCUGUGACAGUCAUUUUGACAAUCUUGACCUGUUGAGAGCGCACGAGAGGCUGUGCAGUAACGAAGAGGAAUCCUGCGGUGGUGGUCUGGCAGAUUUCAUUGCAGCGUUAAAAUUGCAACCGGUCGGAGAGAAAGCACAGUCUUCGUCCAGCAGGGCAGCCGCUAAUGAUGCCAAGCCGAGAAACAUCAGAAGCGCUGCAAACAUAGACAGAGGUCCUCCAUAUCCGUUUUCAUCGCUUGCCUAUUUGAAAAACGUCAAAUCAAACAUACAGCGAGACACGACUUAUUCUCGAGAGAGAAUCGAAAGGUACUGUUGUACUCCGUUAUCAAUUAGUAAAUUCGUAGCUAGCAAAAGUAAAAAUCAACAAUUUCCAAUCAGAUACAGACGGCCCAUAGACUACUGGCACAGAAAGCACACAUUCACGGAUCAGAGAAAGAAGAAAAUAUUAGAUUUAAACGGACAACUGCUGCUGCUGAAAUGCAGGCCGGUCACGGUGGACGUGGAGAGGAUGUCUCUGAAAAGAAUAAACGAGCACAUCGAGGAGACGAGGAAGGAGGCCGAGAGGCAGCAGCUGGAGGACAAGGACAUAAUAUUCGUGGACUGCGAGCAGCCCGUGUUCGGAGAGGCGAGAGGCCGCGACCCGUUGAAGCGAGUUGAGGCGGAGUGCGAGGUGAUCGACCUGUGCUCGGACGACGAGAGCCCGGUGAAUGAAAACUGCGACCCGCGCGCGGGCGUGGCUUGCGUGAUGCGCGGCGGUGCGGUGUUGCGGCGCACGGCGGCGACGCCGCUGCUGCUGCCGGCCGAGCCGUGCGGCGCGCGCCAGCGCCCGCUGCCCGCCGCCGUGCUGCAGCCGCAUCCCGUCAUCCUCAUCGCGCACACCCUCAACAACCUAAAGACUAUAUCGCUCGAAUGAUGUGCGUGCCGUUCGAUCGCGUUAGGUUUAAUUCUAAUUUAUUGCUGAUUAAACAAUUUAUUGUUCAGUGUAAUGUUUCAUUUCAAACUCUUGUGUAUGACUCUGGUGAUCACGAGCAAAAAACGAACUGAUUUGUGUACUUUUAACAUCUUCCUGCUAAAUGCUAUGUCUGUUGCCGUCUGUACCCCAGUUUUCAUUCGCGUCAGUAAAUUAUCAUUUUGAAAUAGACUGCUGUCAUAAACUGCCUUAUAAAACUCUUUCUGUCUUAUACUGCCUCUAAAAUCCUAUUGUUAAUUGUGAAUUGUACAUUCAAGCUGAAGUGAUAAUUUACUAACUGAAAUUAAAACUGACGUAAUAAUAAUAUGUAUAAUUUUGUAUUAUUUUGUUUCGUACGUCUUCCCAGCUAUGCGUUGAGUCGACGACAAAAUGGCGCCCAAGUAUAACAAAAUGGCUGACUGUAAGGUAACCUGAUACUCGGUCUGCUGUGAUAUUUCCGUAAUAUUAAGCCAUUCAGCAUGUAAAAUAG